UUAAAAAAGGUAAGUGUCAAGUAGAGAUCUGGAACAGUUGGAGAGUGAGACGCCUAUUCCUCGCAGCAAAUAAAAAUGUUCACCUGCGAAUAUUGCAACCGCUCGUUCAGCCGUAAAGACCACCUGGCGAGGCACGGGGACUGUCGCGCAGCAGUACAAAUUUGUGACGUUUGCGGCGGGAUAUACAAAUCCGAGGGGGCUCUCCGACGCCAUAAACGCGAGAAGCAUGAGGUUCCCAAGGCGAAAAGACCCGCCGCCGCCCCUAUUGCUGCAGACGAACCCAAGCGCCCGAGACUUGACCUACCGGAAGCUUCGACAUCAUCAUCAUCACCAUCAUCCACGCGCCAUUGUACGCAGUGUAACUUGACCAUUCCUGCAAUGAGAUGGUAAGGACACUUGCGUACUUUGGCUCACCGCCAAAAAUGCAGCGUGGUGCAGGAGCCAGGAGUAGAAAUGAUACAGACCUCCUUCCGUAACCGCAUAGUUACAUACCGUCUGGCGUCCACCAUUAACCCUACCGACGUUAAGGGCUUCUUGGACCACCUUAGGUCCAAAAUCCUUACGUUGGUAGAGUCGAACGUCCGACGCUACGGCAACGUAAAAGUCGGUAUGGAGCUAUUCGGAAACUUCCUCUUGCAGACGAAGGAACAAGAGGAGGUCAAGUCCUUCAAUACCAAAUAUCGGCUGGUGAGCGGAAACACCGAUCUGGAGGAGCUAUACGUCCAGUUCGUCGACAUCUUGGCUACCAAAGCGUCCGAGUUUCAGGAAAGGGACAGCGGUAUGAUUCAUAAAAAUGUAUAUUUCCGAACUAAUUUCUUUCUCUUUUUU